AGGAGACAGGUUGGGUUUGUAUACGGAUGCCAAAUAUCUCUCUAAAAUGGGCUGCAGACAGACCAAGGUUAUACCUUUCAAACAGACAUCUGCUGAGGAGGCUCUGACGGGCAAGAUCAACUGCCCUCACAAGCUGUACUACGCCAAGUGUCAGGUGACACGGCCCACACCCCGCCUGUCAGGGGCGGAGAUUCUCCAACAGCUUCGAGAUGAGGGCUUGGUCCCCGACCGUCAGUCCAGCGGGGGAGUGGCCUUCUCUGUCCCCGCCGUGGAGGAGGUUGUUCCCCGUGGCAAAGCUCCCAGACGUCUGGAGCAAAUCCCAGUGCGAUGCUUCUAUACGGCGGAGAGGAGGAGACAGAAGGCUGAUCUAUUUCGGCUGGACAGGUUUGUGGAGCAAGUCCAGAGGAAACAACUGGACAGAGAAAUCAAGCACAAAGCUGUCAAGGACGAAAAGAAACGUCGCCAGUUCCUGAAGAAAAUGAGGGCGGAACAUCAGCUCCAGAUGAGGGAGGAGAAACUGAAGAAGCUGGAGGAAGAGCGGGCGGCGAAGAGGGAGGCAGUGGUGAAGUAGACUGCAGAGAGCCAGUUUAUGAUGCAGAGAACUGCGCAUGAUACACAUUUAUCAAAAACAUAUGCUGAAAGCAGGAACAAAAAGAAAAAAGCAACAGGCCGAGAGAAACAGGAGAUGAAGAAAACAUGAUUGACUGGAAGUGUUAGAAUUUUGGGAAUCCUUGUUUUCCAUUAUUGUAGUUGUUUAUAUGAACUCUUUUUAUUUAAAAUGUUAUUUAUGCAUAUCUCAUCAUCAUCAUGAUGAAAACAUUUAUAUGGCGCCAAUUCCAGUCCAAAGGUCCUGCUCAGUAGCGCUCUAUAUAUAGCAUAUCUAAUGAAUGUAAGACAAGCAUAUAUGAGCAUUGUGUAAAUACGAUAAUUUUAUAAAUGUUCUUUGUAGUAGUGUGUAGUGAUUGUAUACUUGAAGCUAAUAAUA